AUGGGAAAAUCUUCUAAAGAUAGACGAGACAUAUAUUAUAGAUUUGCCAAAGAACAAGCAUGGAGAGCGAGAAGUGCCUUUAAGCUCAUACAAGUAGAUGAUCAAUUCAAUCUUCUUAACAGUAAUCUUACUCAUAACAAAUCAGAUUGCAAGUACGUCGUGGAUCUCUGUGCCGCACCAGGAAGCUGGACCCAAAGCAAAACAGUCGAUUUGAUUAUUCAGAAUUUGGAUGGAAAUUUGGCCGACCUUGUUGUAUGUGAUGGAGCCCCCGAUGGUUGUCCGUUUAUUAUUUUAUUUGUCACGGGACUGCAUGACAUGGACGAGUACAUGCAAGCUCAACUCGCACUUAAAAUAUCCGUUAAAUUAUUGAAGAAAGGAGGGUCUUUUAUGUCUAAGGUGAGAAAUUCAAAUUUUUCUUAGAUUUUUCGAGCUAAAAAUUCUGAUCUACUAUUUUCCCAAUUGAGAUUGUUUUUUGAGGACCUUUCUGUUGCUAAGCCUGCCAGCAGUCGAAAUUCGAGUGCAGAAGCGUUUGUAGUUUGCAGAGGAUUUUAUGGCGCGGAAAAGGCACCAGAAAAUUCAUUUUUAUUGUUUAAACAUCAAAAUUCUUUCCGUCCAGAAUUUCUUUUUUGUGGGGAUCUCAAUUCAUUGGAUUCAGAUAAAACGUAUAUGUUAGAAGUAGAGGAGUAUGUAUACCGCGAACCUAUUCAGCCUCCUAUUAAUCCACCAUAUAAGGAGGCUUGUCAACUUAAAAAAUGUGAUAAACAAAGUCGUUUUUUAUGA